AUGGAGCAGGACGAGGGGCUUAAGGCCUUGGACAACAUCGUCACGCAGUUCAGCACCUACGAGGACUUCCUCGACUCGCAGAUCACCACCGUGGACCUCUACUACCUCGAGGAUGAAAGCCUGGCCCGCCAGCUGGUGGAGCUAGGCUACCGUGGCACGGGCGAGAUUGUGAAGAGGGAGGACUUUGAAGCGAGGAAGGCAGCUAUCGAGGUUGCAAGGCUGGCCGAAAGGACUCAGAAGAAGUAA